CUUGCUGCUGCUGCUGCUCCUGCCGCUGCACCCGCCGCCGCCGCCGGAAAGCCUCGCGCCGACAGACGAAGCAGCCGCUGCCCUGAGGAAAAGAAAAGCCGGGAAGGGGGGGCUUAAAGCCGCAACUCCGCCGCCCUUCGAGAGAGCCCGAGGCAGCCCCCGGCCAGGGAGCCUCCGAAAGUGAGGCGGGAGCGCCCGAGCCCCCGAAAGGAGAAGGAGGAGGAGGCGUCGGAGGCGUCCAGGGGAGAAGAGCAACACUUGGGCGUCCGCGAAGCCACCGCCGACGCCAAGAGGCAGGUGGGCUGGCAGCGCUCGGGCAAGCUCGCCCGGACUGGCCCCUGUUCGCCUCCCUUGGACCAAAGGAGCGGGGAAGGCGACGCCGGGUCGACGAGGCUUCCUUCCUCCCCCCCCCCCCACCUCUCCGCCGCCGUCCCAAGCUCGGGAAGCGAACCGGGUGAUCCUGGGUUGAGCUGCCGUCUUUCUUUCCCCUCCCUCCGCCCCGGAGUGGGACUUAGCUGGAGGUUUUCCUCGCCUUCGAGCCGGGAAGCGAAGCAACCCCCUUGAAGAGCGAACAGGAUGGAACCAUUCCAAAGCCAAAAGAAACAUGGAUGCCAACAGGCAUCUUUGAAGAUAAUAAAUUCCAAUGGAGGGUGUUUCUACCAUCUAAUCAGUCUCUACUUAUGCUUAUAUUGGUCUAAAAACAUGACGGAACUGUAAGUAAAUCUUCCUUGCCGCAUGAUGACUCGGAUCACUAUAAUCUGGAAGGAAGCAGAAUAAUUGUGUCGUCUUCCGUGGUGAUUUGCUUAGUGUGUGGAACAAUGCCAGAAGGACUAGCAGAAAUGCUUAUGGAUACAUGGGCUCCAUUAGUAAUAUUAUGGAUUACUGCAUUUCCAUCUAUAUACAUGGCUCCAAUGAAUCAUUCUCAAGUACUACCCAGUAGAUCCAGCAGAGGACUAAGUGAACUCAAUGAAGAACAAAGAGUGUUGAACCGUUCGAAGAGAGGCUGGGUAUGGAAUCAAAUGUUUGUGUUAGAAGAAUUUUCUGGACCUGAACCAAUAUUAGUUGGACGGCUACACACGGAUUUGGAUCCAGGAAGUAGCAAGAUCAAGUACAUCUUGUCAGGUGAUGGUGCUGGGACUAUCUUCGUGAUCAAUGACAAGACAGGAGACAUCCACGCUAUGAAAAGACUUGACCGGGAAGAAAAAGCAGAGUACACGUUGACUGCUCAGGCAAUCGAUAGGGAUACAAACAAACCACUGGAGCCUCCUUCGGAAUUCAUUAUUAAGGUCCAAGAUAUCAAUGACAACCCACCAGAAUUUGUAGAUGGCCCAUAUCAUGCGACUGUUCCAGAAAUGUCUCUUGUAGGUACAUACGUUACUAAAGUGACAGCUACCGAUGCAGAUGAUCCUGUUUAUGGAAACAGUGCCAAGCUGGUGUACAGUAUUUUGGAAGGACAACCUUAUUUUUCAGUUGAGCCACACACAGCUAUCAUCAAAACUGCUCUUUCAAACAUGGACCGGGAAGCCAAAGAGGAAUAUACUGUGGUCAUCCAAGCAAAGGAUAUGGGUGGACACAUGGGUGGACUCUCUGGAACCACCACAGUGACUAUUACGCUGACUGAUGUCAAUGACAAUCCUCCAAAGUUUGCACAAAGUUUGUAUCAUUUCUCAGUAUUGGAAGACAUUGCUGUCGGCGAAGCAAUAGGAAGGGUCAAAGCGAAUGACCUGGACAUUGGUGAGAAUGCAAAGUCAUCCUAUGACAUUAUUGAAGGAGAUGGAAUGGAUAUCUUUGAGAUCACCUCUGACUCUCUGGAAGGAAUUAUUAGAUUAAGAAAGCCCUUGGAUUUUGAGACCAAAAAUUCAUAUACACUGAAGGUAGAAGCAACUAAUGCCUAUAUUGAUCCACGUUUCAUCAGCAUGGGACCCUUCAAGGAUACGGCAACAUUAAAAAUUGUAGUGGAAGAUGCUGAUGAACCCCCAAUUUUUUCAUCACCAACGUAUCUACUGGAAGUGCAUGAAAAUGCUGCUAUUAACUCCGUGAUUGGUCAGGUGACCGCCCACGAUCCAGAUGGAUCUUCAAGCUCUAUAAGGUUUUCCAUCGAUCGGAACACUGACCUUGAGAGACAAUUCAACAUUAACACCCAAGAUGGAAAGAUAACCUUGGCCACACCGCUGGACAGAGAAACGAGCACAUGGCAUAAUAUAACCAUUGUAGCAAUGGAAGAAAGAAAUCCCAGUCAAAUAUCUCGAGUGCCUGUUGCUAUCAAAGUUCUCGAUGUAAAUGACAACCCUCCUGAAGUUGUGUCCGGGAAUGAAGCCUAUUUAUGCGAAAAUGGAAAAACUGGAAAAGUCAUUCAUACCAUGAGAGUAAUUGACAAAGAUGACCCCAAAAAUGGACACUAUUUUGUUUAUAACCUUCCAUCUGAAAUGGCCAACAACCCUAAUUUUACAAUUAAGGAAAAUGAAGAUAAUACGUUCAACAUUUUGACCAAACGCAACGGAUUCAGCCGGCAAAAACAAGAAGUCUAUUUUUUACCCAUCAUCAUCAGUGACAGUGGGAAUCCUCCAAUGAGUAGCACUAGUACUCUUACCAUCAAGGUCUGUGGCUGCAGCAAUGAAGGCAUUGCCCAGUCCUGCAAUGCUGAAGCUUAUGUUCUCCCUAUUGGUCUCAGCAUGGGUGCUUUAAUAGCAAUUCUGGCCUGCAUCAUUUUGCUUUUAGUCAUUGUGGUGCUUUUUGUAACAUUACGGAGACAUAAGAAUGAGCCUCUGAUUAUCAAAGACGAUGAAGACGUGAGAGAAAACAUCAUCCGAUACGAUGACGAAGGGGGCGGCGAAGAGGACACCGAAGCGUUCGAUAUCGCGACGCUGCAGAACCCAGACGGAAUAAAUGGAUUUUUACCCCGUAAGGAUAUUAAACCUGAUCUUCAAUUUAUGCCCAGGCAGGGCCUGGCACCAGUCCCUAAUGGGGUUGAUGUUGAUGAAUUUAUCAACGUUAGACUCCACGAGGCUGAUAAUGACCCCACAGCUCCUCCGUAUGACUCAAUUCAGAUAUAUGGUUAUGAGGGAAGAGGAUCGGUGGCUGGUUCCUUAAGUUCUUUAGAGUCAUCAACUUCAGACUCAGAUCAGAAUUUUGACUACCUCAGUGAAUGGGGACCCCGUUUUAAAAGACUUGGGGAAUUAUAUUCACUGGGGGAAAGUGACAAAGAAACUUGACAGUGGAUUACAAACGUUCACUUUUUUUUCCCAGUCUUGACUUAAAACUCUCAUGUAAUAUUCUAGGGCCACCACAGUUCAUUAUGACUAAUGUGGCUUUUUGUUUAGGGGCAACUUUAGCACCAGUCAUCUUUUAAAAUCAACUACAUCGUAAUGUUGAACCAAAAAAAAAGUACAUAAAUCAAAAAAUAUAUAUGUUAGGAGGUCCGAGUCUCGUGGAGUGUGGCGUUAAGUAUGUAGAGUGUCUAGAAGUCUUUGGAUAUUCUAUAUUCACAUGACCACUCUGAAGAUGGGGUUUAGAGCUUGAUCGUCUUUGGCAACAGGAACCAGUAAUGCAAUGGAGAAGGUCUUUCCCUUCCUAAUGGACUUCUGUAGGACUUUUUUUUUUGGUAAAGAUUAUCUUCUGAGAGUCCAUUAAGAAUAAAGGAUUUAUCUCCCCACUGUCCACCAAGAUUCCACAAGGAAAAAA